UGGAUGCCCUUAUGUAAUCAACUUACUCCACAUCCUUACAAACACAGCCGUAACAAAGCAGGAGUAGAGCGCACAGCAGAUGGAGGGCAGAGAGCGCCAUAGAUUUCCCGUUUUUCCUUAUUUCUUAUCUUUUCCUUUUCAAACAUACCGAUCCCACGACAAUGCCCACAGACGUCACAAAACCCGAGGAUCAAUGACACCCGAAGAUACCAACCAGACUUCAUACCACAAUGUAUAACUUAUCCCCUCAUGUACAUGUACGCUACGGUGUUAUGACGGGAUAGCCGCACUGCCACGUCAUCACGAGGCCGCGGGGUAAUAAGAGAGACUUAUCAUCACCCGCGAAUGUCACAAGAAUAUUUCGAGGACCCAACUUCAUCUCAGGUCACUCAUCCCACUGGCGGUCAUGACGGGCCGCGGCUCGUUAUCACAGCUCUCCCAGUGGAGAUUUUAGUCAACAUUUUAAAGUACCUUCCCUUGAGUGGUCUCUUGAGAUGCAAACAGACAACCAAAGCACUUUUUUAUGUUAUCGAAGGAUCGUUAGUGCUCCAGUAUAAGAUUGAGCGUGAGGCUUGCCUCCUGGCUGGUGCCGUUGCUGCUUACCUAAAUCGACUCCCAGCGGCAGAGAAACUUUUGGAUCUUCGCAGGCGGGAGGUUGGAUGGGCUAGUCUGAAAUGGCAGCCUCAAACAUAUACCAUUCCGAUCGAUCCAUCGGAUUCUAUUCGUGGUUUAUACGAACUGCAGCACGGAUUCUUCGCGCGUGGGUGGUGCAAAGCAUCCACAUCGGGAGAACCUGAUGGUUUGUGGCUUCAGCCUCUUCCGGGAGUCGUGGGUCGUCCUUCGAGUACAAAGAGUCGCAGAUUAUCACUAGUACCUAAUUCGAUUGGUUCUGGGAGUCAGGUCAGCCUGGAAGGUGGAGAUGACGAUGGUGUUGAGAUAGACUCGAUUCAAACGCCUAUCUUCAACUAUCUUGGCUUCGAAUUUCAAGAGUUCAAUAUCGAUCCAGAACAGAAUUUGGCCGUUUACGUUUGCCGGGGCCCUGAUAUUGAUGGGGAUCUUGGCAGCAUGAUUGUCAAAAUAAGGCAAAUGUCUGACAAUGCCUUACACCCGCUUGCCCGAUACGAGACCCUCGAUACUCGUUCGAUGUCGCCUGAACAGUGCAUGUAUUAUGUGGAGAUAUUUGGCGACUUUAUUGGCGUCAUGGUACGGGGGCUCCUCGUUACGAAUUGUCGUUUUUGGAUUUGGAACUGGAAGACAGGCAUAUGUCAAUGUGAAUUGUCGGGUUUCAGGAUGGAUUCGUUUCUUUUCUUGUCCCCACGACUAAACCUUGUCUUCCAUCUCAGCAUAUUGCAACAUUCCAAUUACCACAAUUGUCCUCGGGGUCGGCGUUUUCACGUCCUAUCUGGUUGCGCUGCGAGCCUACUCCUGUCUUCGAAGCUCCAGAAUAUGAAAAAUUAUCUCCAGCGGAACCGCCGCCUGCAGACGGACCUACUCCAAAUACAUCCUUGCCACUAGGUUCGGCCGGAGGCCCCUCCACAACGACCAACAAUCCGCCGAAACCAAUGCAUACAAAAUGUUUGUUGCCAUGUCCGAUAUCUACCGCAUGGCUAAACGUUUCGAGAGUGAAUUUCAUGCGAGUAGGGAGACACUGCACCAUCAUCCAGACGCCAACCCCGAUAACGUCCAUGCCCUUCCUGUC